AUGGAUCCUUUCGUAAAAGACCUUUUUAUCGGAGGACUCGCAGGAACGAUUUCGAAUAUCGUCGUGUUUCCUGUUGAUCUUGCCAAGACGAAGAUGCAAAACGCCAAGGAUCAGGCAGACAAGCAGAAGUAUGGGGGAUUCUUUUCUACCGUUUCGUCGAUCGUGAAGGAGGAAGGUGUUCAUGGACUAUGGUCAGGAUCCUUGCCUGUUCUGAUGGGCAGCGCGCCGGAGUCUGCGAUCCAACUUGCCUGCCAUUCAUGGCUGAUUGCCUUCCUGCUCCAUGGGAUGAGCCAGGAUGCGUCUUCAGAGGCACAGCUCCCGCUCACUCUACAGAUCAUCGCAGGAGGGAUUGCAGGAGCGUCAACACUCAUUGCUACAAAUCCUAUGGAGGUGCUGCGGAUAAGGGCAGCAAGUAGUGACCAGCGAUGUCUGAUCACCAACGUGAAGUCCCUAGGACUGUUGGGAUUGUUCGCAGGAUAUCAAGCAACGUGGUUGCGUGACAUUCCUUUUGCUGGCAUCUACUUCCCGAUGUAUUGCAACAUGAAAGUCUUGGUGACACAGAUGAUGGCUGCCUGCAACCUUCCGGCCUACGAAUCAAUCUCCAUGACAAUGGCUGGGCUGCUUGCUGGCAUGUUUGCUUCCUGCGUCACAACCCCGGCCGAUGUGAUCAAGACGAGGAUUCAAACCAACAUCGGAAAGAGCCUUGCGUCCAGCAGUUCAACAGCUCUGAGCAUGGUUGUGGAGGAGGGUUGGCACUCCUUCCUCAGCGGAGUGGGUCCUCGUGUAAUGAGGUUGGCUCCAGGAAUGGCUAUCACCCUCGUAAUCUACGAGACUCUGCAGAAGGUUGUUUGA